UGGAGUAUCGAAGGCUCCCGAAAGGUGAGCUGGAACGGUGUGGCUAUUCCAGAACCGGCUCGAAGCUUCUCAGUCAUCACCAGCUGAAACCUCAUAGGGACAGAGAGAACAAGAGAAGAAGAAAGAAGAAGAGGAUAACGCGAGCGAGAGGGAGGGGGGGGGGAGCGGGGCGAUGGCUGCGUACGGGUAUUACUAUAGAUGGAAGAGCUUCAGCGAGGACGAGGACCGGCCGGAGAAGCCGCGGAGGUUCGGAUUGACGGAGAUGAGGAGCCCCGACUACAGCCUUAUGGGCCACCACGCCCUUCAGGAUGUAUUAGAGUCGAUGGGUCAGUUUGUUGAUGGCUUAAAGUUCUCAGGAGGCGCGCACAGUUUAAUGCCAGAGGCCUUCAUCAAAGAAAUAACCAACUUGGCACAUAGGCACAAUGUAUACGUCAGUACAGGUGAUUGGGCAGAACAUCUACUUCGUAAAGGGCCUUCUUCUUUCAAACAAUAUGUUGAGGAAUGCAAAAACUUGGGGUUUGAUACAAUUGAGUUAAAUGCUGGAUCACUUAAACUUCCUGAAGAAGCUCUUUUGAGAUUUAUUCGCCUCAUUAAGAGUAGUGGCCUUAAAGCAAAGCCUCAAUUUGCAGUUAAGUUUGACAGGUCUGAAAUCCCAGUGGCUGGUGAUAGAGCAUUUGGAGCUUAUGUAGCUCCAGUGCAUCACAGUUCAGAAAUUGUUGAAGAUAUAGAUUUGCUAAUCAGAAGGGCUGAGAGAUGCUUGGAAGCUGGGGCUGAUAUGGUCAUGAUAGAUGCUGAUGACUUGUGCAAGUAUGCUGAUGCUAUGAGGACAGAUGUAAUUGCAAAGAUCGUAGGUCGUUUGGGACUGGAGAAAACCAUGUUUGAAUCUUCCAAUUCAAGGACCUCAGAGUGGUUCAUCAAACGAUAUGGACCAAAGGUGAAUCUAUUUGUAGACCACUCUGAUGUGAUGAAUCUGGAAUGCCUCAGAGGCCAUAGUUUGGGUAAAGACAACAAAUCAGUUCUUGGCGCUUCAUAUUUCCUGAUGUAAUCUUUUUUCUUUAUUCUAUAUGUGCUGCUUGUGCUGUGUCGUCGUGCUAUACUUUAGACAUGGUCUGAAGGUUCUGACAUGUUUGUGGUUAGUUCGGCAAUGUUUGUAACCUGACCCCAGCAUUGAUGCUCAUUUCUUUAAUCACUUCUGAAGGUCCUGAAAUGUAUGUUUCGGGCUCCUAUUGGUACCUUUAUGUCAUCUUUGUAGCACUCUGCGUACAUUUAUUUCAUUGGCUUGGUUAAAAUGGA